GCGUGCCUCGCCUCCCUUCCCCCCCCCCCACCACACACAGGGUCAAUGGCGCUCAUCACGGAUGCUGCAGUGGCUGAUCCGCGACUGUGGAGCGUCGAACAUGUGCAUGCCUGGAUUCUGCACGACCUUCAGCUGCCUCGAGUCGCGCACAAGUUUCGCCUCGCCCGCGUCGCUGGUGUUGACCUUCUCAACCUCCAGUCCAUCGACGCCAUCCACCGCCAGCACAACAUCUCCUCUCGCCAGGAGCAGUGGGUGCUGUUGCGAGGCAUCCAGCGCCUGUUCAACGACAAUGCGUCAAGGCUGUCGUCCACACCAGCGUCAACACCAAACCCAGACGACGACGAGGAACACGAAGAUCACAAUGUCGCAGGCAACGUGCGUGACUCCCACGCCCGCAUCCAACGCGCACCCACCGGAAGGCGGCCACGACAACAACAACAACAACAACAACAACAACAACAACAACAACAACAACAACAACAACAACAACAACAACAACAACAACGCCAGCUUAGCCUUCCGCGAAGCAUCGAUGCGCCGACGCGAGCAUGCUCGUUCUUCUGCCCGCUCAUGUCCUCCCAGGACGCGCGCGCACACCUCCUCCACGCCCACUCCGUGCACACGCGCACCCGACCACAGUCCCCGCCUCCCACCAACUUUGUGCUGCACAGCUUGCAACGCACACAGGGCCACGGCAACCAGCCAACGUGGCAGCUGCACAUGACAAUGCGCCCAGAGGACCACGAGCCCCACGACCACAUCCCAGCGUGUGGCAGCGACACCACCACCUCCGCCGCCGCCACAACCACGACCACGACGACAGCGCCAACAGACAACUCCGAAGAAAGCACAGGCAGCAGCGGUGAGGACAGUGGCAGUGCAGAUGAUAGCCGCACGAGCAGCGAGGGCAGCAGCAACAGCAGCAGCUACAGCAACAGUCCACAGGUUGGCGGUGUGGCCAGGCGAACAGGGAGAAGGCAUCAAGGUCACGUCACAGACACAAGCGACGAAGACAACGAAGAUGAAGUCAAACACCACGAUGACAGCGUGCUGGCAACACACGAUGACGACGAGGUGGAGCUCGUGCACAAGACGAUUGUGCUGACAGACGAAGCGGCCACGGUGGGCGACCUUCGCUUCCCCUGCGUAAGCCAUCUCGUCACUUACUACUGCCUCAACAACCCAGAGGCGCCCUUUGCGCUGACCGCGUCAGCACCAUCAGACCUUGCCCUCCUGCCCCACCUUGCCAAGCCGUGGUUUCUCGUCCAACCGAGCGAGCACGACAUGAUGCGCGUGCUCACGUCCCCACAGGUCCCAAUCGGCACAUUCUUCGUCUGCCUCUUCCCCGACACGCGCCCGCUUCGCCUCUGCUACAAGACGAGCGCAACCACUGCUGCGGAGUGCACCAUCGAGGUCACACCGGCCCUCCUGUACACACUCGGCCGACGACACGGCUGGGACCAGCCCACCUUCCACACGAUUGCUGACUUGAUCAAUCACUACCACGACCCCCAUGUCAUUGCACAGCCGGGCUGUCCACUCUCUGUUCCCCUCGAUGAGGGGCCGGUGUUGCGUUCGGCAGAAUCGCAUCCGCCAUCACCACCGCGUUCCGCUCCCUCCCACCACCAACACCAAGACCACCACCACCACCACCACCAUCAUCAUCAUCAUCAUCAUGCGAUUGCUGAGGGGCGCACACCGCUGCUCUCCAGCAUCAACUCUUCUCUCGCAUCCUCCCGCCACAGCAGCGAGCCGAACAUCCACCAGCACGUGGAAUCCCGCAUCGCAGAAGACAUUCUCAAGCGUCGCGCGACGGGGCAACACGUGGAGCUCAAUCUGUACUUCACAGAGAGGGAUGAUAUUCAUCGCCGCACCAUCUCGUGCGCAUCCCGAGCAGGGCGCUUUGGGCCGACUGAGGCUGUUUCUCUCUUCGAUGCCGGCGGUCGCCCGCUCUCCCGCCCCUUUGCAUCACUGCACCUCCUCCUCGUCCACUUGUCUGAUCCCCGAACCACACCGCUCCCUGUUCCCCUCCAAUACAAAGGGCACUGGGAUUGGAACUGGCUCAAACUGAGCUUCUCUCGCCGCAACGCAACUGACUUUCUCAUGCGAAACCCACAGCAGCUCUGUCUCGUUCGCACCAGCACCACCAUGGCAGACAGACUUGUACUGACGUACCGUGCGCGGAGCAAUCAGAUCCUUCAUCGCCUCAUUGACGUGAUCCAGCCAUCACGAUGGGGUCAGCAGUCGUCGCAUCUCGCCACUGUCACGCCAGUUUAUCGUUACUGCUGGCUUGCUAACUGA